AUGGAAACAAUAGGUUACGCAACUUACGCUCCUCCAGAGUAUUUUAUGACUGGAAAGCUCACUUUGAGACAUGUUAUCUAUAGUUUUGGUGUUGUUUUGCUUGAGUUGAUCGCUGGGCGGAAGGCAAUUCAAGAAAACCUGCCUUUUCUGGAGCAAACACGACCACUUCUGGUCAGUAAAAAAUUCACAGAGAUUGCUGACACUGUCUUGGGAGGACGUUAUCCAGAACAUGGACUUGCUCAAGCUCUUACGGUCGCUGAAAUGUGUAUGCGAGAAGAUGCUACCAAAAGACCUCCGAUAGCACAAAUUGUGACUCUUCUUUCAGAUAUACUCUCAGAAGCUGAAGGAGAAGCAUGGGACAAGAAAGAAGCUUCUUGA